UAGUAUACACGCUGAUCCACCUUAACAUUGUUAUUUGACCUUCGGUGUCUCAACAAUAUAAACUUUCUUUCAGUAAUAACUUACGAAAAACUGGUCAAUAAAACCCGUAUAAGUACCCAAAAUUAAUUAAUAUACCAAACAUAAUUCGUUGACUGUUCUUCUUGGUUACGUGCGGUUCUUUAGCAUCGACAAUAAAAUGAACAUCUUCUGCUUUUGUCUGCUGGCUUGUUUAGUUGUUGUUAAGGCACAAACACGGGAGCAACAACUUAUAACAAAACGAGCAAUCGAGGUCCAUUGCCAGAAAACCAUCCGCCUUACGGAUGAAUUUGUAAACGAAGUUGGUUCUGGAAAAGAAAGUGAUCCUGUAAAGGCAGGAGAAUUUGCGUAUUGCGUGAAUUUUAAUAUUGGCAUCCAAAAUGAAUUAGGUGAGGUGAAUGUUGAAAGAGUUAAACAACUGUUUGGAUUCCUUGAAAUUAAAGAGGACCAGAUUCAAGAGUUUUUGGCAAAAUGUACGGCGAAGAAAGAAUUAACAAAGGAACAAAAUGGUCUUUCUAUCACGCAAUGUAGUAAAAAAUAUAUUUAGAGUAUAAAAAUUACUAGAUUGGUCAUGUAUAAUGAUAAUAUUUUCAAUUUAAAUGUAUGUAAACAAUUUUUAAAAUAGACAAAAUUUAAUAAAAAAAAUUUAGAAUUUUA